UGCAUUCUCUCCACCAAUCAAAGCUGUGUAUUUCCGUGUUGUACCUAAAGGCUGGCACAGUUAUAUAGCCAUGAGGAUGGAGCUCUAUGGAUGCCCAGAAAAUCGUUGUAACAUGCCUCUUGGUGUUGCGGACCGUCGUAUCGCAAACCCUCUAAUCACUGCAUCAUCCUACCACAGUUUUUACUGUGGACCGUGGAAUGCUCGUCUGCACCAGAGACGAGCGGGUAGAAUGGGAGGAUCAUGGUGUACUCGAAAGAAUGAUCUCAGACAAUGGCUACAAGUUGAUUUUGAGGCAGUAACGAGGGUAACAGGGAUUGCCACUCAAGGCCGAUUUGACGCUGAACAGUGGGUCAAAACUUACAGAAUAUCAUACAGCCGUGACGGUUCCUCUUACAGAUAUUACACAGAAAGAAGAGUUGUCAAGUUGUUCCGAGGGAAUUAUGACCGUUACAUCGUGGUAAAACACACCUUAAACCGACCAAUCACUGCUCGAUAUAUGCGAGUUCACCCCAGAGCGUAUCAUAAAUGGAUGUCCAUGAGAUUGGAGUUCUAUGGCUGCAUCAUCGGUCCACAAUGCAAUCGGCCAAUAGGAAUGGAAAACCGCCGCAUACGCAACCAGCAGAUCAGCGCUUCUUCAGAGUGGGACGUAAACCACGGUGCACGUCUGGCCAGGCUCAAUCAGAAGCGCACAGGGCGAACCAUGGGGGCGUGGUCAGCACGUGUGAAUAACGUUCAUCAGUUUCUACAGAUUGAUCUACGGGUACCAAUGAAGGUGACAAGUGUCGCGACUCAGGGAAGAAGUGAUGCCAAUCAGUGGGUGACUAAAUAUAUGCUGUCGUUCAGUCUUGAUGGAGCACAUUUCGCACUAUAUUGGUCGCAAGGAAGAGCAUGGUACUUUAGUGGAAACCGCGAUAGAAACACCAUCAAGCAGCACAGACUGUUCCCAGUCGCUCGCGCCAGGUUCAUACGAUUCCUACCCAAAGGAUGGUAUAGACACAUCUCUAUGAGAGUUGAAGUCAAUGGCUGUCCAGCUGGACGCUGCGCUCUUCCCCUUGGUUUGGAAGACAAACGUAUAUUGGACGGUGCUCUUAGCGCUUCAACAUAUUACAAUCACCACUUGGCUCCUUGGCUGGGACGACUCAAUUCUAUCCGUUCUUGGAGUUCACGUGUGAAUAACGCUCGGCAGUUUCUGCAGAUAAACCUUGGAAAUAUUGGACGUGUUACAGGAAUCGCAACACAGGGCAGACGGGACGCGCAUCAAUGGGUGACUCGUUAUGUGCUGUCGUAUGGAGAUGGAACCAAGUUUGUGGCUUAUAGGGAAAGGAGUAAAGUCAGGAUGUUCCGUGGAAACUCAGAUAGAAAUUCAGUUGUACUCUACACAUUACUCAGACCAUUCAAAGCGCAGUUUGUCCGUUUCCAUCCUAAAUCGUGGAGAAGUCACAUAUCAAUGAGAGCUGAAGUCUACGGAUGCCUUAAGGAGUUGACAAGAUUGUGCAGCUUCCCUCUUGGCGUGCAAAGCGGCCGCAUCAAGAAUGGUCAGAUGACCUCAUCGUCUAUAUGGAACCGUUACCACGCACCAUUCCUUGGAAGACUCAAACGCGUGCGCACUGGUCGUUACAUGGGAGGCUGGGCCGCUAGACACAAUAACCAUAACCAGUGGAUACAGGUUGAUCUCGGUCGCCUCUUUAAGGUUACUAUGAUAUCGACACAAGGAAGGAAAAUUGUGAAGCAGUGGGUGACACGAUAUACAGUCUCAUACAGUUUGGAUGCCGUUCACUACGUUUCUUACAAACAGAGGGAUCGACUGAAGUACUUUGUAGGAAACUACGAUGGAGAAUCGAUUGUUACACGCACACUGAUCCCACCUAUAGUGGCGCGUUACGUCCGUAUUCACCCCCGUGGCUGGUACAGGCAUAUCUCCAUGAGACUUGAGCUGCAUGGUUGUACUCCAGAGCGCUGUGAUAUUCCACUAGGCUCAGAAGACGGUCGCUUACCUGAUGUAUCUUUCACUGCAUCCUCUAUCUACAACUCUCAUUAUGCUGCCUACCAAGGUAGACUGAAUGCCAUGCGCAGUGGCUCAAGAUACGGCUCAUGGAUAGCACGUUACAAUAACAGGCGUCAGUGGUUCCAGAUUGACCUCGGAAACCGAGCGAUUGUCAUUAAGAUAGGAAUCCAAGGAAGAUACGACGCUAAUCAGUGGGUGAAGAGCUUUACAGUUUCCUAUGGAAUGAAUGGAUUCCGCUUCAGGUUCUACAAGGAAGGAGGGCGAACAAGGGUCUUUCAAGGAAAUUCCGAGAGACAAAUUGUCGUUAUAAACCGUUUCCGGUCACCGAUCCGUGCUCGCUUUAUGAGAAUGUAUCCGCAGACUUGGCAUGGCCACAUAUCGAUGAGGCUUGAGCUUUACGGCUGUAGUAGAGGUCAUAUGUGUAAUCGACCGCUUGGCAUGAUGACCGGAGCAAUUAAAAAUUCGGCUAUUACAGCAUCAUCCAUGUGGGAUAAAUACCAUGGACCAUUUUUGGCCAGACUUAAUGCACGACGCAUGGGCAGAUACCAGAGCGCUUGGUCAGCCAGGCAUAACAAUCGUCACCAGUAUCUACAGGUAGACCUGGGCAGAAUAUCAAAGAUUAUACGUGUGGGAACACAAGGACGAGCUGCAGUGAAUCAGUGGGUGACAGUUUACUACUUGUCAUCUAGUGUAGAUGGUGUGCACUUUGCUAGAUACAGAAAGAACUCUGUUGAUAAGUAUUUCCGCGGUAACCGUGACAGAAAUUCAAUAGUGUACAACUCGAUUAUCCCGUCUAUCCGGGCUCGCUUCCUUCGAAUCCAUCCCUGGUCAUGGCAUGGCCAUAUCUCCAUGCGGGUCGAGCUGUUUGGCUGUGCUCUAGGUGCUUGUGGUGCUGCACUCGGUUUUGAGGAUGGCCGUAUUCCAAAGUAUGCUAUGACAGCCUCUUCAAUGUGGGAUUGGCGGCAUGGUCCUUAUAGAGCUCGUUUGAAUCUUUUGAACCGUGGAGGCACUGGAGCCUGGUCGUCGCGUUAUAACAAUGUAUUCCAGUGGAUACAGAUUGACCUUGGUGAGGUGUCAAAGGUUGUUGCUGUGGCAACGCAAGGUCGAUACGAUGCCAACCAGUGGGUGAAGAAAUACGAGAUAAGCUACGGCUUGUAUGGAAGCAAGUUUAAGUUCUACACUAUUAACAGAAAAGUUGUGAUGUUCGCCGGUAACAGUGACAGGAACACUGUAGUCUUUAACAGGCUCUACCCCAGUUUCCACGCUCGGUUUGUCCGAUUUUAUCCCAAGCAGUGGCACAGUCAUAUCUCCAUGAGAGCGGAGCUUUAUGGGUGCAAUAGAGGCAUGCUCCGCAUGUGCUUCCAGCCAUUGGGAAUGCAGAACGGUAAGAUACCAAACAGCGCGAUCAGAGCCUCGUCGCAAUGGGACAAGAACCACAAUCCAACUCGGGCGCGGCUCAACAUAAAGAAAGUAGGUCAUCUGGUGGGUGCAUGGUGUGCAAGACAUAACAAUCAUCAGCAGUUCUUACAAAUCAAUCUUGGAGGACCAACCAGGAUAACUAAGGUCGCCACUCAGGGUCGAUAUGAUGCAAACCAGUUUGUCAGGAACUACUAUCUGUACUACAGUCAAAACGGAAGGACUUUCCUACCCAUUAAGGAUGGAGCCAAGAUUAAGCUAUUCCGUGGCAACUUUGACCGGUUUUCCGUAGUGGAGCAGCCCAUUGACCCACCAAAGAACGGACGGUAUGUGCGGUUCAACCCCAGAUCUUGGCACGGUCAUAUAUCUAUGAGGGUUGAAGUGUACGGCUGUCGCGCAGUGUCACAGCAGUACAAACCUUUAGGAAUGAAGAAUGGUCGCAUCCCGGCCAGUGCCAUCAGUGCAUCCUCCAAGUGGGAUCGUUACCACGGACCAAACCGUGGCAGGCUUGAAAUAACCCGUCGUGGUCGUUAUAUCGGAGCGUGGUCAGCAAAACAUAACAAUCCUUACCAAUGGAUCAGGGUGGACUUCAGGAAACCUGUUAAGAUAUUGGCUGUCGCCACUCAGGGUCGGCAAGAUCUCAGCCAAUGGGUGACACGGUACUAUCUUACCUACAGUUUUGAUGGAAUCAACUUCGUACCGUACUUGUGUCGAAAGAUAUUCCGUGCAAACAGAGACAGAAACACAAUUGUAAGACGGCGCCUCUCUCCCGCAAUCCGUGCACGUUUUAUCCGAAUUCAUCCUGUGAGUUGGAGAGGACAUAUUUCUCUAAGGGCCGAAUUCUACGGACACAGUACCUCUUCAUCGAGACUUCCUCUCGGUGUGGCUGACAAGAGAAUACGCGACAGUGCCAUGAGCGCUUCCAGUUUCUGGGACCGUUACCAUUCCGCUCUACGAGGAAGACUUCAUAUUUGCAAACAGGGACACUUCCGUGGAGCUUGGUCAGCAAAGAGAAACACCAGAGGACAAUGGCUACAGGUUGACCUUGGCAAUCGAGCAAUGAUUGUGGCCACAGCGGUUCAGGGACGCCAAGAUCUUGACCAGUGGGUAACAAGUUACUCAGUGAAAUACAGCAACGGUGGAAUAAGAUUUAUCAACUCUGGCUCUGGGCGAAGAGGGAUCUUCCGCGGUAACAGAGACAGAAACACCGUGGUGAGAAAUGCUCUUGUCCCUGCAAUCAGAGCUCGGUAUGUCCGUAUUUAUCCACUGUCCUGGCACAGACACAUAUCAAUGAGAGUGGAGUUAUACGGAAAAUAUCUAAGCCCACUUCCAGUCGCUAAACCUCUCGGAAUCUCCAACAACCGCCUCAACAACCGUUACAUCACAGCGUCUAGCAUCUGGGACAAGUAUCACGCCGCCUGGUUGGCGCGGCUCUACAACAAGAAGCGUGGUCGCUACAUCGGAGGAUGGUCUUCAAAGGUCAACAGACGAGGACAGUGGAUACAGUAUGACUUGAGGCGGCCGAAGAAGAUUGUGAAGGUCGCCACACAGGGAAGACAAGAUCUCAAUCAGUAUGUGACACGUUAUAUUAUCAAAUACAGCGCUGAUGCCUUCCAUUGGACGCCUUACAGAAAAUACAGUCGAGUGCAGGUCUUUAUUGGAAACAAGGACCGCAACUCGGUCAAAUCGAACGUUUUUGAUCCGCCAAUAAGAGCGAGAUAUGUUCGUAUUUAUCCACUUGCUUGGGUAGGACAUAUGUCCUUGAGAGCGGAGUUCUACGGAAUUUCUCUACCUCGUUCCGGUCUGGAGAUAGGCUCAGAGGAUGGCAAGAUACCAAACAGAGCAUUCACAGCCUCCAGUCAGUGGGAAACCUACCACCGAGCCAAUCGGGCCAGACUCAACUCUGUGGCUACUAAACGCUACCGAGGGGCGUGGUCUGCAAGAAAGAACAACAGACGUCAGUGGCUGCAAGUCAAACUGGGUCGAAAAACUAAAAUAACUGGUGUGGUUACACAAGGUCGACAGGAUGCCAAUCAGUGGGUGAUUACUUACACCCUAUCGAGCAGCUUGGAUGGGCGCCGUUUCCGUCCAUACAGAGAGAAUGGGCGAGUUAAGAUUUUCCCAGGAAACAGAGAUCGAAACAGCCAGGUGUCUCACAAGCUUCGUAGCCCUCUGUACGCUAAAUUCAUCCGAUUCCAUCCUCUCUCGUGGUAUGGCCAUAUUUCCAUGAGGAUUGGGUUCUACGGACAGAGGAGCGGUGUCAGAAGACCAGCUCCCAAGCCCCUCGGACUUCAAAACGGUCGAAUCCGCAAUAGUGCAAUCUCAGCCUCGUCUCGAUGGAAUCGCUACCAUGCCGCCUGGUUAGCCAGGCUUAAACGGCCGAAACGAGGGCGAUAUGCAGGUGCCUGGUGCGCAAAGGUAAACAAUCGUCAGCAGUGGCUGCAGGUGGACUUCAGAGUCCCAAAGAAGGUCAUUGCCGUAGCAACCCAAGGCAGACAUGACUACAACCAAUGGGUGACGCUAUACUAUCUGAGGUUCAGUGUAGAUGGUUCUUAUUUUGCUACAUACCGCAAGAAUGGAAAGACAAAGUAUUUCAGAGGAAACCGAGACAGAAACACAGUAGUAAUGCACUCACUGAGGCCAGCGGUAGUGGCGCGUAAAGUUCGCAUUCAUCCAGUCAGAUGGGUGAAUCACAUCUCAAUGAGAGUCGAAUUCUUUGGCCGAACUGCAGCGCCCACUCGGUUGGCUCUUGGAGUCGAGGACCGUCGAAUCCCGGAUGGAAGUUUCAGUGCUUCAUCAAGCUGGGAUAGGAACCAUGGCCCCAAACGGGCACGCCUUAACAUUCCCAGGCAGGGACGAUUGACAGGGGCGUGGUCCUCGCGUGCUAAUAAUCCUGCGCAGUGGCUAUGUAUUGACAUAACUAAACUAGCACGCGUGGCUGGGUUCGCUGUGCAAGGUCGACAGGACUACAGGCAGUGGGUGACGAGUCUAAGGAUAUCAUACAGCAGGGAUGGAAUUCAUUUCCGAUUUUACACUGAAAGAAGAACACCCAAGAUUUUCCCGGGAGCCAAGGACAGAAACACAGUUGUGAAGAACUUUUUCAGACGUUCAAUCGUUGCACGUUUUGUUAGAUUCCAUCCAGUACGUUGGCAUGGUCACAUUUCUAUGAGAGUCGAACUUUAUGGAUAUCUCCUGGUUCGCCAAGCUCCCGUCAGACCCAGCGGUAUUCCAACUGGAACUCGCGGAGCGCGCUACAUCACCGCUUCCAGUUCCUGGGACAAAUACCACGCGCCGUGGAGGGCCAGGUUACAUCAACGUGUCACGGGACGAUACAGAGGAGGGUGGUCGGCCAGAAAGAACAACCGCCGUCAAUUCAUCCAGUAUGAUCUGAGGAGACCAAGUGAGGUCAUCAAAGUGUUGACUCAAGGAAGAUAUGACUACAAACAGUGGGUGACAAGCUUCUUUAUUUCAUACAGUCAAGAUAAAUAUCGGUGGAUACGAUACAAGAAAUACGGAAGAGUAAAGAUUUUCCCAGGAAAUAAAGACCAAAAUACGAUCAAGGAGAAUGUAUUUGUUCCAUCGUUCAGGGCGCGGUAUGUGCGUAUCCACCCUUGGACAUGGGUAGGACAUGUCUCUCUGAGAGCUGAGUUCUACGUCAGGAAAAUCUCUCGUAACUCGGUGCCAGUUGGUGUCGAAGACGGUAAGAUUCCCAACGGGUACAUCACAUCGUCCUCUACAUUCAACCGUUACCACGCCCCGUGGUUGGGACGACUCAAUAACAAAGCACGAGGCCGACAUAAGGGGGCGUGGUCAGCAAAGAAAAAUGACAGACGGCAGUGGCUGCAGUUUAAUCUCGGUAAACCAACUUUGAUCACGGCGAUCAGGACACAGGGACGCCAGGAUUAUAACCAGUGGGUCACAAGUUAUAAGGUUUACUUUGGAAACGACGGAGUCCGGUUUAUACCUUAUAAGAAAGGAGGCCGCGUUAAGACAUUCCGUGGAAACAGCGACAGGAACAGUAUUGUAACACAUCCGUUACGUCCGCCAAUCCGCGCUCGUUACAUUAGAAUUGUUGUAGUCUCGUGGUACGGGCACAUCUCAAUGAGAGUCGGCUUCUAUGGUCGCCGGCCUGGAAUCAUAAGGCCUCGUCUUCAAGCUCUUGGAAUGCAGAGCGGUCGUAUUAAAAAUAACGCUGUGAGUGCCUCGUCAAUAUGGGACAGGUAUCAUGCUGCCUGGAGAGCCAGGCUUCAUGUCAGGAGACAAGGAAGCUUCCGAGGGGCGUGGUCGUCACGUGUUAAUGACCGUUACCAAUGGUUACAGGUAUCAUUCAAGCAGCCCAAGAAAAUCGUGGCCAUCGCUACUCAGGGCAGACAGGACUUAAACCACUGGGUGAUAAGCUAUCGACUGACAUACAGCAUGGACAAGGUUCAUUACGUAUACUACAAACAACUCGGCGUCACUAAGCUGUUCCGCGCCAACAGGGACAGAAACUCAGUUGUCCGUCAUUACCUCCAACCCGCCAUACGUGCGACAUCGAUCCGUGUCAGACCAGCCAGGUGGCGCGGACAUAUCUCCAUGAGAAUAGAGUUGUAUGGUCGCAAUGCAGUCAAAAAGAGGCUUCCCCUCGGUGUUGAAGACCGCCGUAUCCCAGAUAGCGCCCUGAGUUCAUCUUCACGAUGGGAUGGUUACCACGGGCCGCACCAGAGCCGCCUGAAUACUCAAAGGAGGGGCAGGUACAGAGGUGCCUGGUCAACGCGUGCUAACAACCGUCACCAGUGGUUGCAGAUCGAUAUUGGUUGCCAAGCGGUGGUGUACGGAAUAGCGACUCAGGGAAGGCAGGAUUUUGGACAGUGGGUGAAGACCUACAGAGUUAUGUCUAGUAAUGAUGGCGUUCGCUGGCGAUGGUACCAAGUGCGUCGAAGAACUGUGUUAUUGACCGGUAACCGCGAUAGGAAUACUAUAGUACGACACAGGUUUGCUCGGCCUCGUAGAGCGCGCUACGUCCGUGUGGUGCCAUACACGUGGCAUAAGCACAUUUCCAUGAGAGUCGAGCUCUAUGGAUACCGCCUGGCUCGUAAACCGGUGGUAAAGGCCUUAGGAGUCUCCAAGGGAAGGCUGGGCAAUCAAUACAUAAAGGCAUCGAGUGAAUGGGAUCGUUAUCACGCCGCGUAUCUCGCGCGGCUGAACCUAAAGCCGAGAGGACGUUUCAAGGGAGGAUGGUCCGCCAAGAAGAAUAACAGGAAACAAUGGAUUCAGUUUGAUUUUAGACGGCCUGUUAGAAUUUCCAAGAUCGCCACGCAAGGCAGGAGUGAUGCAAAUCAGUAUGUAACCAGCUUUGCUGUGGCUUACAGCCCAGAUGGAUAUCGAUGGACGCCGUUCAAGGUUAAUGGAAGACUCAAGGUAUUCCGAGGGAAUCGCGAUCAUUACUCUAUCAAAGAAAACAGUUUUGACCCGCCUUUCCGAUCCAGGUUUAUCCGCGUGUACGCGCGUACCUGGGUCAACCACAUUUCCAUGAGACUCGAGUUCUACGGAGGAAAAGCUUCGAGAAGAGAUCUGCCUUUGGGUAUUGAGGACGAUAAGAUCCAAGAUCGUUACAUAACAGCGUCCACCGAGUGGAACACAUAUCACGGUGCACGCUUUGGACGACUUAACACUGUGGCACGAGGCAAGAACAAAGGAGCGUGGUCUGCGAAAAGAAACAACAGACGCCAGUGGAUAAUGGUGGAACUCAAAAAGCUCACUGUUGUCAAGCGAAUCCUAACACAGGGUCGACAAGAUUUGAACCAAUGGGUGACAAGUUAUACAGUGACGUACAGCCGAAAUGGAAACACCUACCGACCUUACACUAGACGGGGACGAAUUCAGGUCUUCCCGGCCAACAAUGACCGCAACAGCAUAGUGGCACACGUUCUAACACCUCAUAUCUACGCGCGAUAUGUGAAAAUCAAGCCUCGCUCAUGGUUCAGGCAUAUCUCCAUGAGAUUCGAGCUUUACGGAGAGAGAAGACCUGAAAGAAAGCGACCGGUUGUUCCACCCACCAAACGACCCAGACUCCCGCCCAGGCCUCCUAUCAAGCCUCCCGUCCGUCCGCCGAUCAAACCGCAGGCUCCAAUCAAGAGCUGCCCAGUCACAUUGGAUCUCGCCUUUGUGGUGGACGCGUCAAAUCAAGUUUCCCGCGCAAACUUCCAGCUUGAGAAAGCAUUUGUCAAGGCUGUAUCCAGUAAAUUCACCAUCUCUAAACACCAGUCUCACAUCGGUCUUAUCACCUACGCCAACCUGCCAUCACUGAGGAUGAGGUUCAGACAGUUCAACACCUUAUUUGCCGUCCGACGUGCAGUUGAUCAAGCACCACACAUUAACCGAGGAGGGAAACGUUUAGAUCUGGCUUUACAAGCCGCUUAUGACACGUUCUAUGCUAAAGAACCGACGUAUAUCCAACGAGUUUUGGUCGUAAUCACAGGCGGCCCACCGAGCCGCCGUCACGCAUACGCAGUUAAGCGCAUGGCCUCGAGGUUCACACGAAAGGGCGUCCAGGUUUACGCGAUCGGCAUUGGCCGCGCGUACCGAGGCGAGCUGAGGAGUAUUGCGUACAAGAACAAGCACGUGUACUACAUGAGAACCUUUGGAUCACUUCUGGCCAGAGCCAAUCAGAUUGCAAGUACCAUCUGCAAGGAACAGUCCAAAGAAGUAGACAUCCAUAAACGAGCUGAACUUCUCAAGCCCCUGAUUAAAAGAGAGGAGAAUGAAACCAAGAAGGCACAGUCAUAAAAUCAAAAGUUAAAAAUAACUUAUCAUUUAAUCUUAAAUUAGACUUAAACUCUUAGAUUUUACUGAGAAAUAUAUACGCUUACUUCAUAAAAUGUUUAACCACGUUGUAGUGUUGUUAACUCAAAACAAUUAAAAAUUAUUUGACCAAACUA